AUGAACGAAACGACUCUUAGUUAUCCGUACGCGCUCAAUGUAACGGACAAGUUUAGAAAUGAAUCGAAUGCAGCUUCGCCCUCUCCACAAAUACCCGGAUACGAAAACAUCAUAGAUAACAAAUGGAUCCAAGCAUUCUUUUGCGUGAUUUACACAAUUAUCUUCGUCUUAGGUUUGCUCGGAAACGUUAUAGUAUGCUUCGUCGUAAUAAGAAAUAAAGCAAUGCAGACUGUCACGAAUCUAUUCAUAACGAAUUUAGCAUUAUCUGAUAUAUUAUUGUGCGUAUUUGCAGUUCCAUUCACACCUUUGUAUUCAUUUCGCGGCUCGUGGAGCUGGGGCUCACUCUUGUGUCACAUGAUGCCUUCUGCACAAGGGUGCAGUGUAUACAUAUCAACUUUGACACUUAUGUCUAUAGCGAUUGACAGAUUUUUCGUAAUUAUAUAUCCGUUCCGACCGAGAAUGAAAAUCGAAACGUGUAUCACAGUCAUUAUAAUGAUAUGGACAUUUUCUAUAACAGUUACGCUUCCCUAUGCGAUAUUUAUGACUUAUUACGAUUUAGAUAUCGGAAGAUUUUGCGAGGAAACUUGGCCAACGGAAAGGAUGAGGAGAAUCUUCGGCUCGGUGACAUCGAUCCUACAAUUUGUCUUACCGUUCACCGUAAUCGCUUUCUGCUACACCUGUGUUAGUUUCAAAUUGAAUGACAGGGCGAAAGCGAAGGCUGCCAGCAAGAAUACUAGAAAGGAGGAAUUCGAUAAAAAUAGAAAACGACGUACAAACCAAAUGCUUAUCGCGAUGGUUACUAUUUUUGGACUAUCUUGGUUGCCAUUAAACGUAACAAAUCUUUAUAAUGAUUAUUACAUAUACGCUAUCCACUCUAAGUACUAUUUUCUCGUAUUUUUCCUGUGUCACGUGGUUGCAAUGUCCUCAACGUGCUACAACCCAUUUAUUUACGCGUGGAUGAACGAGAACUUUAGGAAAGAGUUUAAACAGUUGAUACCUUGUAUUGACACAAGCGCGCAACUGCGAAGCAACAUUCCACUGGAGCAAUUAGGUGCGUGUCAAUCGGAAAAGACGUUUAAUGGGAACACGGCAACUGAUAGUUAUGUAGGGUCGAGUUCCCAAAGAGCGCCUUCGUUUAGACACAAAAGGAAACCGAGCGCGGCGGCCGACGUCGAAAAGAGUGGCGUCGAAUUAAAUGAAGAUUUGCUAAACGUGGAUGUGAAGCAUUGUCACAUAUCUACAAGCUACAAUUUAAGAAGAGAGUCUGUUAAACUGAGGCUCAUCAAUGAGGAGUCGUUUGAUACACCGUCACAGAGUCAAUUCUAACGUUUGAUUUCAUGGGCGCGGCACUGGCAACGUUCCCAAGUUUGAGACAGCGAAGUAACUUUGAGCGAAGACUCAAGAGAAGCCAAUAUUUUUGGAGGAUAUUUUUUGUACCGGUUCUUUGCUAUUGUAAUUUUGACGACUAUGAAACUUCAAUACGCUUAUGAAUUUUGAUGAUCUCUUAUAGUCGAAAAUAGAUUUUCUUAUAGAUAUAACUUAAGCACAUU